GACGCGAAGGUCGAAGUUACACGGAAGCGAUCCAGGGAUCGCGUCUGUGGUGAAGUGCGUCUGUGAUGCACGCCAAUGUGCACACGGACCGCGGCGGCGGAGGCGGAGGCGGCGGCGGAUCGUGGCGGUUACCGCCGGACGAGACGCUUCAAGUCGCAGAUCCCAAGUCGAAAGAACCGGACCUAAUGUACGGUGGAGACGGACACAACUGGAAGAGCAUCAUUUUUUCUCUCCUGGUUAUAGGUCUGGUCAUUGCCGGAAUCGUCACGGCCAUUUAUCUUCUGGGAUACGUGGAUGAGUUGCUGUACUGGUCCGGUCGCCGAAUGAAGCUGGACGAGUACCUGCAAGGGGAGCUGUCGCCGCGGCGACUGCCGCCCGCGUGGGUCUCUCAAACGCAUUUCGUCUUCCAGGCCGACGACGGCGGCCUAGCCGUUCUAGACACGGCCAACGAUUCCGUCAGCUUGUUAGUCACUAAUCACACGCUUAGGCAACUUAAUGUUCGAGGUUAUCAGUGCUCAUCAGAUCUACGUUAUGUUCUUUUCAAACACGAUGUUAAAAAUGUUUACCGACAAUCAUUCACGGCUCACUACACUGUGUACGACGUGACAAACGAUCACCACAUGCCAGUUCGGCUGAAAGAUUCGCCGAAGGUGCAGCGUUCUCGGCUGCAGUAUGCGGGAUGGUUGGGAAACACCUCGGCCAUGGUGAUAGUCGCCGACAACGACAUUUACCUUAGACUUUCGCCUUCCGAAGAGGAGGACUACAGACUUACAAACACCGGAGUGCCUGGCCGAAUCUACAACGGCGUACCAGACUGGCUCUAUCAAGAGGAAAUAUUUUCGAACGUAGAAGCUUUAUGGGGUUCGUCGGAUGGCACGCACCUGUUGUACAUGUCUUUCAACGACAGCGCCGUGGGCACGAUGACAUACCCAUGGUUCUCGUCAGCGUCUGUGAUAGCGGCCGCGGGCGUCAGCGAAGGAGGUACGUUUCCGGACUCUCGUACCGUCCGCUACCCGACUCCCGGCACGCCAAUACCUAAAGUGAAGCUGUGGAUCGUCGACAUGACGAAUUUGACGGAUCUGCAGAUGUGGGAGGUUAAGCCUCCACUCGCCUUGGAAGGGCAGGAUUUCUACCUCACGUCCGCCAAUUGGAUCGGACAAAACAAUCAUCAAGUAGCCGCGGUGUGGAUGAACCGCGCGCAAAAUCAUAGUAUCAUAAGUGCGUGCCUAGCGCCGAACUGGACUUGUAUCGAGACGCAUUCGGAACGAGCGCCAGAGAAUUGUUGGCUAGAUAUCCAACCCCAUCCCACGUUUUCACCUGAUGGGGACAGUUUCUUGCUGCUCGCCAGCAUACAAGAAGGCGGCAGCGAUCACUUUACUCACAUAAAACACGUUACGAUAACACAACAGAGGAUAGCCGUACUUAGUCACGGAAGAUACGAAGCCACCAGAGUGUUGGCUUGGGAUUCGUACAAUCAUCUAGUGUAUUAUUUGGGCACGAUGGAAAAGCGACCCGGCCAAAGGCACCUGUAUGUCGUAAAGGACCCUGUGCAUGAUGACCCCAGGAGGACGGAACCACAGUGCAUAACUUGCGAUUUGGGAGAAGUGCUUUGGAGCAGCCGAUACUAUUAUAGUAAUUGUACACAUUUCAAUGCAGCUGUAAGUCCAUCCCUCAGGCCCAUGGAGCACGGAAUGUCGUAUUACGUUCUCCAGUGCGAAGGUCCAGGCCUUCCGCUAGCCGGGGUUCACUCUGUCGGAACGCACAGGUUGUCGCGGAUUCUAUAUGACACCAGGCCUCAGCGCACGGCCAGGCUCAGGGAACUGGCUUUGCCCACACAGAGGUCAUUCGAGGUACAACUGCCCCAAGGUUGUAGGGCCCAGGUGCAACUAAUGCUUCCGCCAAGUUGGAGAGAAGAACUUAGGGACGCCGCAUUUCCCGUACUCGUGGAAGUAAAUGGACGUCCGGGAAGUGAAGCUGUAUCGGAUCGUUUCAACAUAGAUUGGGGAACUUACAUGUCGAGUCACAACGAUGUGGUUUACAUAAAGUUGGACGUCAGGGGGGCCAGGGGUCACGGAAAACAGGCGCUCUAUAGACAUCUAGGUGGGGUUGAGGUGCAGGACCAAAUCACAGUCAUGAGGUAUUUAUUAGAUACUUUGAAGUAUUUGGAUGAAACUCGGGUUGGAAUCUGGGGUUGGGGCUACGGUGGCUACGUAACAGCCAUGGUUCUUGGUUCGCAACAAAAUGUUUUUAAAUGCGGUAUUUCCGUUUCGCCUAUAGCAGACUGGCUGUAUUACAAUGCCGCAUUUACGGAGCGCAUUCUCGGUCUUCCCGCCGAGAACUACAAGGGUUACGUGGAAGGAGACGCGACUCAGCGCGCCCGACACAUACCGUCCUACUCGCUGUACCUUCUGCACGGCCUGGCCGAUGUUACGUCUCCGUACUACCACGGCGUAGCACUGGCGAGGGCCCUGUCGGAAGCCGGGGUCAUAUUUAGAUAUCAGAGUUAUGCAGACGAGGGUCACAGGUUGAUCGGCGUCUUAGACCACGCUUAUCGCUCCAUGGAAGAUUACCUCCGCGAGUGUUUGAGUUUGGACCCCGACGAUUCCAAACCGUCUGCACCCCCUGCGGCGUGA